GAAGGUUUCCCCUCCAUAGGGGGGUGUGGGUGUGAGAUGAUGAGAUGGGGAUUGGGGGCUAUGGUCCUCAAUCACAAUUUCACAUCUCAUCUUUAAACCUCCUCGUCCCCCCCUGUUUCUCUUUCUCUUCCCUUCCUUCCUCCUUCUUUCUUUUCCCCCUUCGAUUCUCUCCCAUCCUUCGUGUCCUUCGUUCUUUUCAUACCAUUCCCACGGUAGUCACUCUUUUGCACUACAGCUUCGAGUCUUGUUACUCAGUCACUCCUUGAUCCAAUCCCCCUCAUACCUCUCUUUCACGAAGGAAUCUUUCCCAAUCCAACCACAUAAACUUAAAUCAAGAUGCGUUUCUUCGCCGUGUUCUCUGCCCUUGCAGCCCUGGCUACUGCCUACACCCAGCCCGACUACAGCCAGGCCCCCACUGGCAAUGCCAUCUACACCCCCGGCCUGAACUCUCAGGUCGAGGCCGGUCAGACCUACACCAUCACCUGGGGUCCCACGACCACUGGCAAGAUCUCUCUGGUGCUCCUCCGCGGUCCCAGCACCAACGUCCAGCCCAUGUACGCCAUCGCCGAGGACAUCGACAACAGCGGUAGCUUCCAGUGGACUCCCAGCACUGCUCUGGAGCCCGACACCACCCACUACGGCCUCCUCCUCGUUGUCGAGGGCACCGGCCAGUACCAGUACUCCACCCAGUUCGGUGUCUCCAACCCCGCCUACUCGUCUUCCUCCGCUGUUACUUCCACCGCCGCCGCUACCACCUCCGCCGUCACUCAGGCCACUGCCACUGCCGCUGCCACCACCACUGAGGUUGCCGUCAGCUCUGCCACUUCGACCGUCGUUGAGACCGUCCCUGCUGCCGACGCCACCAAGCCCGCUGCCACCUCCGUCCCCGUCAUCAAGCCCACCGGCUUCGUGACUUCCAAGCCCUCCGGCGGUGUCGCUUCCAGCUCGGCUGCUGCUCCCUCCGGCACUCCCUCCGCCAGCUCUUCCUCCGUCUCCCCCAUCUUCACCGGCGCUGCUGACCGCAACGCCAUGAACUUGGGCAUGGGCGCUCUGGCUGCCGGUAUCGUUGCCGUUUUUGCCAUCUAAGCUUGUCGGUGAUCAGUAGUAGUGUCGCGGUUGCGAUGAAGACGGUAGUCGGUGUUAUUCAUUGUUGCUUCGAUACUUUCCUCUCGCCAAGGGAAACCAAUCUAAACUUCGGAUGUAUUAAGCUUUUUUUUUUUCAACAUUUUGUACAAGAAACCCCUCAUCUUCCACACUCUGAUCGUGGAAUUACCUUUCUUCGACAUGAUUUUCUUUUUACACUACUUCUCAGUUAAUACCCCCUUUUUUAUCUCGAACACA